GACGUGCGUCCCAGCUGGAGGGAGGGGCAGCCCACAGCGACUGAGCAUGAGUUUUUUUGGGGGGGGAGAAUAUUGAAAGACAGGACACAGGACGAGGAAUGAAAAAGAAGAAGAAGAUGAUGAUGAUGAUGAUGAUGAUAAUAAUAAAAUAAAGAUAAAGAUUAUAGUUAGGGUUUAUUUGUUUUUCUUCCACAGUAUCUGAUUAACAUAUUUCGAGGAAAAGCGCGGGGCACAGCUGAGAACUUUUGGACAUUUUUAACCGAGGCUUGGGCUUCAGCCAUCAUCCCUGCCUUGGCUGUACUGAAAAUGGAAGAGCUCCAUACUCACUGUGUUUCAUGUGUAAGCCGGAGGUGCAUGGUCAAGCCCGAGCCUGGCACUUCCUGUGACCUCCUUUCCUGCCCACUGGUUUGUGGUGCUGUUUUUCACAGCUGUAAAUUAGACGAGCACCGGCUGCUGUGUUCUUUGGAGAGAAUACCAUGCCUCAACUGCAGCAUCGGCUGCCCUUUCAUUCUGGCCCGAGGCAAGAUGGCGGAGCAUCUCGAGGUAUGUCCGGCCGGCGUGGUAUGUUGCACCAUGGAGUGGAACCGAUGGCCGGUGAACGACGAAGACUACCGCUCGUACGAAAGGCUAAGUCAGGACGCCGAUGAGGAAGAACAGCUAGACAUGGCGCUUGCCUUGCAGGACCAGCGCACUAUGCUGGCCUCACUCAAACUUGUAUCUCUCGCACCCACAAAUUUCCCUGAGCGAAAACCACAGCGUGAAAAACCUGCCUUAAUUGCAGACAUUACGGUUCCAACCAUGCCACUUGACGUAGACAUGGACACGACAUCUGUGUCGUGUUGCUCAAAGGACAUAAUCAGCAAUGGGAUUAACGGCUUAAAUGAGGAACUUUACGGUGAGUUGUACCAAACCACGGUAGAGACGACCAAAAGCCUGUCUGCUGCUCUGAAUGUUUUGAUACACCUCAACACAUCAGAUGUGCCAUGUCCAACUACCAGUGUUUCAGCAGUACCGCCAGAAUCAAAUGGAGAGUUACAUAAAGUGUUACUUAUGAAAGAGGACACUGAGUCCAACUGUGAUAAAUUAACUACUGGAGUUAGCGGUUUAAAUGAGGAGUUGCAGCCUCAGCGCCACCGAACCUUAAUGGAACUAGGGAGAAACUUGGCCUCGGCUCUUGGUGCGCUAGGGGACGCCGUCAAAGGCUCUGAGCAAAGCAGUAUAGUCAGCAAGACAAAUAGUGAAAUCCAUCAAUCAGAUACUGUUGAAUGUGCAGAUGUUGAAAUGAAGGAUAGUUCCUUGGAAAAUGAGGUUGAUUUUGCAGCAGUUGGUGGACUCGAUAAUGGGGAUUCAGACAAACAUCCUUGCCAAAUAAGUGAGAAAUCUUCAAUUGGAUUAGGAGAUGAGGAUGAGCAAAAUUCUUUUAACAGCUGUCACAAUGCUGUAGAAUCUAGAACGUCACAGGAAGCAGCUGAGGUAGAUAAGUGUUUAGAGCAUGCUGGUUCUUGGAAGUGUGUUGGUCCCUUAAUUCCACACACACCAGAAGUGAGACGUGAUCUAGCCACAGCUGUAGUGCAGGAAGCAUCCGGGUCUGAGGCUCCACUGUUACAGGCACCUGUGCAUGCCCAGGCGCUGGUUGUUCCCAGGGACAGCAUGCUGCGUUCUAUGGCAUUCGAUUUUGAAGAUAAGGCUUUUGAGAGAAAACUCCAAAACCUUCAGUUGCUUCGCAAUUUUAUGCCUCUUGCAUUUAAUGGACAGAAGGAUUGCUUUACUGAGAGCUUCCCACAUAGACAGAAUCAUUGUAAGAUGGAGGAUAAAGCAGUGGACACAUCUGAUCUGGAGCAGAAGCCUCAGAAUGACCCCUUGGGACUGGGUGAGAUCGAUUUCACAGCUGCAGCAUUGCUCUUUUGCCUAGAGGAGUCACCAAGAGCCCGCAGAAUCUCUGACACCGUGUAUGGCUUUGGCGGCUCACGUGUUGAUUUCGGCACUCAGACUUUCAGUUUCCCUGCUGCCAUUUUGGCAACCAGCACUAUGGUCGGCGAGGUGGCAUCGGCUUCUGCUUGUGACCGAGCCGCACCCCGUCUUUCACAGCCGAGUCCCUUUUGUACCUUACGAUUGGAUUUGACCAUGGAGCAGUUGGUGCCUCGACCCAGCUGGGCCCCACGUGAAGGCUCCAUGUUCACAUUUGAAUGUGGCCAGCUGUUUCGCCGAGAAGAGUUCCUCUCACACUUCCGCAACGUCCACGGAGACAUCCACUCAGGGCUGAACGGCUGGAUGGAGCACCGCUGCCCGCUUGCCUAUUAUGGUUGCACGUAUUCCCAACGCAGAUUAUGCCCAUCCACGCACGGAUCAAAGGUUGUCCAUGACCGACACCUCAGGUCUUUCGGGAUUCAGCCCAUGAUGGAUGUACUACCGGAGUCUGGGUGUGAUCGUCUGAGUGUGUUACCCUUUGAGAUCCUGCAGCAUGCGGCACGGUUCUUGGACGGCUUUAGCCUGUGCCAGCUUUCCAUGGUGUCACGUACCAUGAGGGAUGUGUGUGCUAGUCUGCUGCAGACACGGGGCAUGGUGGUGGUACAGUGGGAAAAGAGGCAGUAUCCGGAUGGGAGGCGAUCCUGGCAGAUAAAAGACAAGGUGUGGCGAUUUAGUACCGCCUUCAGUCCCGUGACCAGGUGGGAGUUUGCAGACAUUUCCAGCAUGGCAGACCACCUGAAACGCUGUCCAUAUAACGAGGUCCAUAGACAGGUGGAGGCUGUUCCACUGCCGUGCAUGUGCACAACCAGGGAGCUCACCCGAGGCGGGCGAUCCCUCCGUUCCGUCCUCAAGCCAGUAUUAUAACAACAACCACCAAAAACAAAACUGAGCAAAAGAGCUAUAACUCUACCUUACCUAACCUCUUUAAUCAACGAUAUCCAUACGCUGUGUACAAGACAAAUUAUUUUUUCCAGUUAAGAUUUUUAUUUAUAUAUAUAUAUAUAUAUAUAUAUAUAUAUAUAUAUAUAUAUAUAUAUAUAUAUAUAUAUAUAUAUAUGGUAUCUAAAUCUAACAACUGCUUGGUUUAUUUUAUUGACACGUGCACUGAGUACGAUUUUCAAUGUUUGCCUUGUCUCUCACAGAAAUGUGUUUCUCCCCCAUAAGAUAACACUAAAAGGACUAAACGAGCCUUAAGCUGCGCGUUCGAAUCGUGGAAUUGGACACAGGGGAGUCACUUCCAAUAGGCUCACAUGGGUGCUCCAGUUGGUAUGAUUGGACAAGAGCCUUACGGUGGGACGUGAAUGGAGCCAUUGGUGGUUUUGAUCGCAUUUAAGUGGCAGUCAUUGUCCAUCAUUUAUUGCACAGAUUUCCAACCCUGUUCCUGGAGUUCUCUCUGUUCUACUCAGGGAGUAUCCCCUUUCCUGUGCAAACCCCCCAACUCAGUAAGGGUUCUCUUAUUAAAUGAAUCAGACGUUUUCGAGCAGGGAAAAACACUACAGUGUGCAGGGGCAGAGGUUACUCCAGGAUUCACAGACUUGUGAUCGUGUGCUGACUUUAAUUUUUGGACCAGCACCCAUCAAUUGUGGUUCGACAUCAUAAGAACGACAGGACGAGUAAAAGGUGUUGAUUUAGGAUCAAGGAGCUCACAAUCUGGGCGUCAUUUCCGAUUGCACUUUACUGAACUGUGUUAAGCUUAGAACAUUGUCCAGCCCAGAGACUGACAUCAUUGUCAUGAUCUAUCACUUUUAUUUCAGGAGAAAAUGAGGGUUCCACUUUGUAAAGACACUCCACAAGCACUUAAUACGAUUGAAACCUAAUGUAGCACCUUCCUAAAUAUUGUAAACACUCCUAACAUAAAUGUGUUCUAUCUCCAUAUCUCCAAAGUUCACGAGUGCAUGUCGAUGAUGUCGUUGUUUUUUUCAGUUUUACAAGAUGUGCAGGUAAUCAUUGGGAAUGGCUCUCGCAGCGGUUUUUCAGGCCUAAUCUAUCCAUUGCACACUUUUUGUUUCUUUGUUUAAGCACAUUCAGAGCUGAAUUUGAAUGAGGAACGGGAUUGAGAAGUGUUGAAUUAUCUCAAAGUUAAGUUUUAGUGUUUAUGUUCAUGUAAUCUCAAUGAAGGCCUUAAGAAGUGUUUUUUCUCCCUGCAUCUGUUGCUGCUGCUGCUGAAGAAGAAGGAAAACGUGUUUGCCUUGCCUGACCUGAUUACUGGCACUAAUGAAUGGAGAUGAAGCCAGGAUAUUAUAUAGUGCAUGUGGUUUUGGUUUUGGUUGUGUUGAAUAAAAAUAUAUUUUAUCAUC